AUGGGCGCGUUCGGUACGAUAGCGUGUGCGUCGGCGACGAUUCUCACGAUCGGUUCGCUGGCAACAAUGUGCUUCAUUGUUUCCGACAUCAACGGACUCUAUCGUGAUGUGAUGGAGGAGUCGAAGAACACUAGAACCGUCGCUGACGAUGCUUGGGCUGAGCUUCUGAAGAAGAACGGCGCGCCGGAGACAUCUCGUGCCGCCGUCGAGAUGCUUUUGGGCAGAAACAAGCGUAGCAACGAGCAGUGCAAUUGCGGUGAGAAGUCGCAAGGCUGCCCAGCCGGACCGCCGGGACCACGCGGACCAAACGGUGUCCCAGGAAAUCCGGGAGCUCCGGGAGCCGAUGGCGAGGACGGCAAGCCGGGAUACGCGCAGAUCUUCAAGGACAUCGCGCCGACCGGUUGCAUUCCGUGCCUCGCCGGACCACCAGGUCCACCAGGAGAGCCGGGACCACAGGGAGAGCCAGGACUUCCGGGAGAGCCGGGACCAGACGGGGCCAACGGCAAGCCAGGACCAAAUGGACCGGUGGGACCACCGGGAGCGCCAGGACAUCCAGGAAAGCCGGGACGCGGUGGACCACGCGGACCACCGGGAGCCAAGGGCACCACCUACUUGCCAGGAGCGCCAGGACAUCCAGGAAACGGCGGACGCCGCGGACCACCAGGACCAGCGGGAGCACCAGGAAAGAACGGCAAGCAGGGACCCGACGGAAUUCCGGGAGCCGGAGGAGCUCCAGGACAAGACGGAAUCCCGGGCGCCGAUGGCGAGCCAGGCGCGCCAGGAGAGGACGGAGUCCCAGGAUCCGACGCCUCAUACUGCCCAUGCCCGAAUCGUUCGGUCGCCGUCGAGGCUUGA